UGCAGGACGAUGCGGAAGCCCCGCCCCCGUGUGACGUCAUCGUGCUCCGAUCCUUGCUCUGUCGAGUCAGUUACACUGUAGCAUUCGUGCUGAGGAGGUCUUGAGAGCAAGGCAUUUCCUACAGGCUGUAAUUGCACAGGGGGAAAAGAAACAGGAAUACUGGGAGGGAACGCAUCUGCAACCAGUGAGAAAGAGCAUAGCCAGCCCCGCACACAACUCCAACAAACAGAUAUCCAUUUAUCCUAAGCGCAUUUCGCUAUGCCGAGAAGAUGGCUUUUUGAAACUUGUAUUUUAACAUUUUCGAAAAAGAUCCGACGAGGGAAAACAAACUAAAGCUUUGGAAAACGACUGGCAUUUUUUGGUUUGUUUCGGGGAAAAGAAAAAAAAAAAGAAAGAACUGUCAUUCGGGAACUUGCACCGCAUCAACCUCACCAAAAUAAUCUCCCCGCCCCUCUCUCCUCCUUUCUCCCAAAAAGGGGGACACAGUACAGGGAAAGACCAGGGACGUAGAGCGAGGGUUACAAUCGCAUCGUUGUUGGAGCUUUGGAGCAGUUAUUAGUGUGUGGAUUUUCAAAUUCUGGGCAUUAUGGAAUGCUGAACUUUCUUGUCUUGAAAGAGGGAUUUCUCCCCUUCCUUGGCUUGGCUACCCGCGCACUUUACACGCAUGAUUAAAGCAUUCGAUUUGCAUGGCCUCUCCAGAAAUAAAGGGGGCAUUGCUUCAUUAUUAGAACACAUUUCACUGAACACAAGUGCAAAUCCCGGAAUACCGCCCGAUUUGGAUGGGAGGAGAGAUCGCAGUACACUUGCAUCCAGCUGUUAGUGCCGCUGCCUCUGCCAUUGCGCUCGCUGUUAUUUUUUUGAACGAUAUUUCGCAGCGGAAAACCUGAUUAUUGUGAACUAGUGGCGUUUCUGACCACGUCCCUCGCUGAAGUUGCGCGCCAGUUAAAUCCCUACUUCAUUUUUUUUUUUUGGUUUUGUUUGGGAGAUUUUGGGACGGAGACAUGGCCGUGUUGAUGCUGUCCAGUUUUUUGAUAUGUCUGCUGGCUGUAACUUUAUCAGCCGCACAAUCCCAGGUGGUCCAAGUGGACGACCGCGUGUCCGGCUUCGUGGGCACAGAAGUGGUCCUGAGCUGCACCUUCUCAAACACCAACCCCAACGUGAAGAUCACGCAGGUCACCUGGCAGAAGCUGCUCAAUGGCACCAAGCAGAACGUAGCCAUCGCCAACCCCACCAUGGGCGUGUCCGUGCUGCCGCCGUACAAGGACCGCGUGACCUUCCGCAACCCCGCCGUGGGGUACCGCACCCCCUCCCUGGAGGAUGCCACCAUCCGCCUGUCCGGCCUGAGGCUGUCCGACGAGGCUGCUUACAUCUGCGAGUACGCAACCUUCCCAGCCGGCAACCGGGAGAACCAACUCAACCUCACCGUGCUGGCCAAACCCAUCACUCGGAUGACGCUGACCUCCCCAACUAUCACGGCCCAGGCCGGUGAGACCAGUAAGAAGGUAGUGGCCACGUGCGUCUCGUCCAAUGGCAAGCCCCCGAGCGUGAUCACCUGGGAGACAAAGCUGAAGGGGGAGCCCACCUUCCAGGAGACGCGGAACCCAAAUGGCACGGUGACCGUGCACAGCAACUACCUGGUGGUGCCGAGCCGAGAGAUCCACCGGCAGCAACUUACCUGCAUCGUGAACUACCAAAGCGAGAGGAUUACCAACAGCCUCACCCUCAACGUGCUCUAUGAGCCUGAAGUGACGAUUGAAGGAUUUGAUGGAAACUGGUACCUGAACCGACAAGACGUCAAGCUCACCUGCAAGUCUGACGCCAACCCCCCAGUCACCGUGUACCAGUGGAAGCUGCUCAAUGGUACGAUGCCCGUCAACGUGGAGGUCCUCAACAGCACCCUGUUCUUCAAGGGGCCCGUGACGAGUGACUUGGCCGGAACAUACGUGUGCGAGGCUGCCAACGUGAUCGGGACACGCUCCGGGCUUGUGGAGGUCAACGUCACAGACAAGCCCCUGCCCCAGGGUGCCCCUGGAAGAGUGAUUGGGAUUAUAGGUGGCAUCGUGGCGGCUGGGCUCAUCAUUGGCGUGGCCGUGACCGUUUUUGUGGUCUACCGUCAUCAACAGAAGAGCCGAACAGAGACAGACAAUGACCUGACGGACCUUCCUCCCGCCCAUAAACCAGCCCCCCCGCCCCCCAAGAAGAAGACCAUCGAGAUGAAAAGCCACCUGACAGCAGGCGAUAUCCAGGUGGUACAUCUGGACAAACCGGAAGAGCAACUGCAGAAAUUUCCUCUCCAGCCUCCUUAUUACGACAUGGCACCCUCUGAGUCAAGCCCAUACUCAGACACUUCGAACUCUGGGAAGCGUUACGAAGAGCUACCAAACCCGGCUGACUAUGUGAGCUACCACCACGCCUGUCUGGAGCCGCAGCCCCCUCCAGCCUACCCCCCCAUCUCCCUCCUGCCCCAGAACCCCUACACCCGGCACCCUCCCAACAGCCCUGUCUACAGGUACCCCCCUCCAGGCUCACGAGCCCCAUACAUCUGUCCCAAGGAACAGUACGUCUAACGCCCAACGUCUCUGCCCUACACUACAUGGGAAUAAGCAACAAGGAAAUGCAUACAUAAGAGAGAGAGAGUGGGAGAGAGAGACAGAGAGAGGUCGUCCUUUCUGCUGGUCCCACAAGUCUUUCGUGGACUGAACCUUUGUCCACGGCAUGUUGCACCAGCCUGCCACUAGGGCUUCCUGUGCUGUGCUGUGCCACACUGAUGAUGCCACCACCAUCACCACCUCCACCCUCCUCCACCGCACUCCACCCUCCACCACUGCACUCCACCCUCCUCCACUGCACUCCACCCUCCACCCUCCUCCACCGCACUCCACCCUCCUCCACUGCACUCCACCCUCCUCCACCGCACUCCACCCUCCUCCACCGCACUCCACCCUCCUCCACCGCACUCCACCCUCCUCCACCGCACUCCACCCUCCUCCACUGCACUCCACCCUCGCUCAGCAAAACUAAAUGGGUAACAAGAGAACCUUUGCCUUUUCUUGACUUUUUUUUUAUUCUUUUUGUUCUGAAUGUGUCGAAUUGCAUUCUUGUGCUUCACGCUGUUUGGAUUUUAGUGUUUUUUUUUCCGUCACAUUCCGCGAAUGUAUGGGUGACUUGAUUCGUUAUUAUUUCAUUUGUUUUGCGUGAAUGUUAUGUGAGUGCUUGAGUUUAUGCGUGAGCCUGUAUGCAAACCUAAUUCUUAUUUUUUUUUACAUUAUUAUUAUUAUUAUUAUAAUUAUUAUAUUAGUGUUACUAUUAAAUACAUGGGAAGGCAGUGUCCCUUUUUUCUGGCUUACCUUAUUCUCAGUUCCUCAGUAUCAGCCCUGGUGUUUGCAUCCCUUGGAACUAGCUGCCUGUACAACCUAGUUCCACUACCUAGCAUUAGUGGGCUGGAAUUACAGAGGCUGUAUGUAGCAGUGCUGCAGUGAAGAGACGCUCCAUUACUCAUGAACUUCCCAUUCACUUUGCAUUGAAUCUGAUCAAUCUACACCUGUAACACAGCAUCUCAAGUGGCUGUUUUAACAUACCCGGUUUUGAGUAGAAUCCUUUUUCUUAAGGGUGGGGACUUAAAUCCUCCACUUAAAUCCACAUGCUGCACAGACGGGAAUAAAGAUCUGCCAUUGACAACCACCCUGCCUCUCCAAGCAAAUACCUUUAAAAUGCCAUUAAAAGAGACCCAUUUGGAAAAAUAGACAAGCGAUUUCAUACAGUCCCUGCCUGCAGUCUAUGGGGGCAUGAAAAGGUUGUCCACUAGUCUUUGCAGCGGUUGAACUGCUGACCCCUGAGCCAGGACAUCGGGAUACUGCCUGUGUGGAAUAGCGCGGGUAGAAAACACAGGCUUUCCUAGAGGAAGCACAGAUUUAAACCGCUCACAGUGUUAUUGCUGUCUGAUCAAUGAAAUAGAUGUGUGUUCUCACUGAAAACCUAUUGUGUUUCUUGUGCUAAAUGUGAAAGAAGACAAUUCAAAUAAAUGACUGCUUAAAUACAACCUGUUGCUUUCGCAGUGUGGCAGAGACCCAAUGCAGCACUUACUGCACAUCAAAACAGACCACACAUCAAAUAUAUAGGCAGGUACUAUUGAGAUUUGAACCCAGAAUUAUUAUUAUUAUUAAUAUAAUAAUAAUAAUAAUAAUAAUAAUAAUAAUAAUAAUAAUAAUAAUAAUAAUAAUCAGUACUGUAUUUUUGCUGAUGUAAUGCAAAGAAACAAUAUCUCACAGAGACUGUACAUAUAAGAUAUGAUACAUAAACAAUGCAACGCUCCGACAAUAUUGUAUCAUUAAAGUUAAAAGGAUAAUCAGUAAUCUCCAGUUUGAACAGUAACAGUUUUAUUACAACAGUGAAGGCCGUUGUGUGGUUUUUAUAUGAACCUUGUUAAUAUAACGCAAUACUUUUUUUAGGAAGUAAUAAGGACAUUAUAUUAUUUGAUUUUUUUUCUGAAGAAACAAGUAAUGAGUAAUAACUUACUUUAUUUUCUCAGUAACGUGCCCAACACUGUGCAUAUAUUAGUCAUAGCAGAAGUGUAGUAAAGCAGUUUAUCGAAUUAUAGAGUGGGAAACGGAUUUCGGUCAUUAAUAGUUCAUAAGAUGAGGUUAAAUCUAUUUAAACAGAAGAUAUUAGUGGAGAGAGUGGUCAGUGAAUGCACAGAAGUGCUGCAGAUGUGUGCCAUUCGUGUGUCGAUACUGCAGUCGUGGGGUGACCCUGAGCCUUUUGCAUUGGAUGAAUCGAUUACCUGCACUGCAGGUACUGGCGCCCCCCUCUGCAUUAUUUUGCAUGUAAUCUGCCGUUGCUGCCGUACUGUGGGUGUCUCUGAGUCACACUGUCCAAGCAACAGGUGUAUCUACUAGUGUACCUGCAGACUCCACUGUGUUACUGCACUGGCAGUGAGUUUCUCAAUGUCACCCGGGCGUCAUUGGAGAUGUCGAGAUUAUCGUAUUUCUGUUCUGCUUUUUGUAUUUUUAAAUGUGGUAUUAUUCUGUUAAUGCACCUGGCAGUAUUAUAUGUACAUUUCUUUUCAGAGAGAAAACAUUUGAAAGCGUUGCUGUAUAAUUACGAUGGUUGCCAUGGUUUUGUUAGUUUAUUUGGUCGUGUGUGUGUUUUAAACUUUUCUUUGUAAUUCGUGUCUGUUUUUUUCUCAUAGUUGGAAAGUAAGCUCAGUGUGAAGUGUAUGUUAGUGUCAUCUCGAGAUUUUCUGCAAAGACUUCAGUGUUAAUAUUCCUAAAAUACUUUCUGUCUCGCUGGAUUUCUUUCUACUGCAUUCAGCUCAAUGCAUGAGCCAGUUUGAUCCAGGGCUCCCUUCGCAACCACCAGCUGUUCUGCAAGGUCAGCUAUCACCUGAGUGUGUUCAAUGGUCCACCAGCUUGUUUUGCAAAAACAGCUCUGAAUAAUUCCAUUGCUACAUGAGCUGUCUGAUUUCAAAACACCGUUCUUUAUUUUCUUCUGAAAUACAAACCCAGUCCUUUAAAGUUUCAGGUAAAAAAAGGAGCUCAAAAAGUUUCAGCAUCAAAUUUCACAGCACGAGAUUCAAAACCAGCGCCAGCAGAGCUGACAGGAACGUCACUUCUCUAUCACUUCAGAUUUAGCAGGACUGUUUUGUAAUUUUGAACUUGCUCUUCGUUUUCAUGCUGGGUUUCAAGUAUCUUUUAUUGUUUGGUUUGUUUCUGUUGGAGAAGAAUUCAACCCCUCAACUCAGACUACUAACAGUGCCAAAAAGCCUCUCUGUGGGUAACAUCCGUAGAGCCACGUUUCCACCACUUUGCUGGUAACACUUUAAAUUACAGGGCCUGAAUACAUUUGUAAUUACAUUGUAAUGACUAUGUAACUACCAAUUAUACCUUCUCUUACUUGGUAACUACUGUGCUAAUUACAUGUGACAAUAUUGUAUUGGUAACACCAUGGAACAGAUCAUUUCCAUGUAAUUAUAAACUUGUCCCACUCGUAGUUACCUUUGUAAAGCAGAAAACACUAGUAGUUAUUACCAUGUUGUUAUAUAGUUAUGCAUGCAUUUUACCGUCCUACUUAAUUAUAAACUGGGUGCAGCUUCCCACAUCGUACAGAGGGUGCUGGUAAACUGCGGAGGUGUGCAUAUCAUUGAUCUCUGACAGCACACACAGACAUGUGGGUCAAUGAGUUCAUAAAACACAUAGGGAGCAUAAUGUGCAACCCCUAUAAAAGUUUACCAUGGUACAUUUGUGCAGUAAUUAUGCAGACUCCCCCGUGCUUUUCUCAUGUCUGUACCAAGCACGUACCACGUUUUCUUAGCUGUACUUUCACAGUGCUUGUCUCUGAUUCACUGCACUUCGACUGUGCUUUUACCAUUCGAUGAACUUUUAAAAUGCAGGUUGAUACUGAAGGCCUUGCUGCUGCUUCAUGUUGUUGGAUUUUAUUUAUUCGUUUAAUUAAGUAUUUAUUUAUUUGUUAAGGCAUUGCAGGAACUCUCGGGGUGUGCUUUAGUUGUUGUAAUUUUAGAUGUGGAGAUCUGGAGGCGAGAGAUUAGUUCUUACACUGACCUGACUGAGUUGUGUUCAGGCUAGCCUUAGGCCCCUAGCUUUUGAAGGCUUGUUUUUUAAUAAAGCAGGCCUGUAUCACUGUUUUGCCCCCUUAGUGGGAUAUUCAACUAUAAUAUACAGUGGUGCUUUAUGACCGUUUGCCAUGCCAACCCACUGUCUUUCGUCAACAGCAGCAAAUCUAAUUAAAAACUGUGCCGCCAACUCAAAAAACGCGAGCGAGCCUGAACGCAUCACAAAAAACAAAAAAAAAGCAAAUUAGCUCCUGCCCUGUAACACAAUGUGGCAUGACGAUGAAUUUGUUAGUGUAAUUUUUCAUUAUUAAUAUUAUUAUUUUAAUCUGUAGUCUCAUAUUUCUGUGAACUUCUCCAGUGGUUUUUAUUUUCACUGAGUACUCAACUGAGCCAUUGCUUUUGGAGCUAUCUUAAAAGGGAAAGCAAAAUGUAUGUCCAUUAAAGAUUGAAGUAUCA